AUGAACUACCAGGGAGCGUUUUCUUUGGGUACGCCUGAUUCGCAGAGCUCAAAAAUUUUGGCUUUUUCGCAAACUCAGCAGGAUAUUCCUCACACGAUAUUCCCAGAAGUUCCCAAAUUUUCAGAUGAAUUCAGCAGGAAUUGUUUUGCUGAUAUUUUUGACCACGAUAUCAGUGUUCGCCAAGAUCUCAAACACGUUGACCAUUCCGGUUCAUCCAUUGCUAAACAGAUUGGGGUCACUGAAGAUCUUAUCAAUGAGGAUCUGGAUCUUGCAAUUGAAAUGACACUGAAAAAUCCUAGCUUCAAGGAACUGGUUGUUAAAUUGGAAAAAAAAUUAGAAGAUUCAGUAUUCAAAUGA